UUUUGUUGUUCAUGUUUUUUUGGAAAACCGGAAACCCGUCGGAGUGUUUGUUGUGGUCGGUCUCCGGCAGCGGCAGCGGGCAGAGCUUAUGCAAAUGUGGAACGGCUGCCCUGCACUGCUUGUGGCACACAAAUUGCAAUCGAAGCGGAAACUUUUAUGAAUGAGUCGUCUGCCAGGAGGAGCAGCAGCUACGUGAGCGCCACGCGGGAGUGGGAGAGUGGAGCAUCCAGGCCCAUAUCCAUAUCCAUCCAAGAUGGCCUUCAGCUAUGCGUGCAUGGUGCUGCAGCGCGUCGUCGUUCCGGCGGUGCUGGUUCUGGCUUCGCUGAUGCGACCGGUGGGCAUAUCAUUUGUGUACCUUCUCAUGUUCUUCAUGUCACCGUUUGUGCCCCUGGCCACGCGACGCAACUUCAAGGGAUCAGUCACCGCCUUCUUCAUCAUUCUGCUGUCGCUGAGCACUCUAGUCCUGCUGGGGCACAUCGCCCUCCAGAUAGUGGCCGUCAGCACAGCGCUGCCCAUCUACAACUGCUCCUUCAGCGAGCGCCUGCUUAGGCACAUAGGCUUCGUGAGCUUCAUCGAUCUGAAGCCCCUGGCCAUCAUUGAGUGGCUGGCCCCGGAGGUCCUGGUGUUUGCCACCUCCCUUGGCUCCUACCUCACCGUGAAGCGACUGGCCGUACAGCCCAUCACCGCCGAGCAGCUGGAGAACGGCGAGCUGAUCGAGGCCCAGUCCGCGGACCACGCUCAGUCGACCCAGCCCCCCUGCCCCACAGAUGCCAAUGGCGGAGAUGUGCAACAGGCCACGGCAACGACGCCACUGCAGCAGCAGCAGCAGCAGCUGCGGAAGCGGGUCUCCAUGAUCAGUCAGCAUAUCCACUUCGAGGGAUUGAUCAAGAUCUCGCCUCUCUUCUGCCUUGCCACGCUGUUCUUUGCGGCCGCGCUGCGUCCCUCGGUGCCGGGUGGAUUCUAUUUUCUCAUCUUCCUGCUGGCCGGCACUUACUGGGCAACCUGCCGGACGCUGCAACGUGGCUUCGCCUUGCUGUUGCGCUGCGUAAUGGUCGUCCUUGUGCUCCACUCGCUGUCCAUUGUGUCCUACCAGACGCCCUGGAUGCAGGGCCACCUCAAUCACACCAGUCUGACGGCGCGUCUGAUUGGUCUGGAGCCGCUCAUUGAAUCCUACUGCUCGCCGGAUAUACGGGUCCUCCUGUACAAUAAUACCCUCUACCUGGACUCGUACCUGAACCCGUUUGCCCUGUUCUUUGCCUACUUCGCUUUGGCUCUGACCACCAAGCAUCUGAUCAAGCCCAGGCUGGUGCGUCAGAGUACUCGGAAGGGGCGCACAGCCCAGCCCCUGGAGAGCGGAUCUUCGGUGGCAAUGGGCGGCACUCAACGCGGCAAUGAAAUACCGCUGGAUUCGCUGGAGCAGCGAUCGGAGCAGGAGAACACGACCACCUCGAUACUGGAUCAGAUAUCGUAUGGCUUUGUCAGUGUGGGUGGCUUUAUCUACCAGAACAGCUAUAUAUUCACCAAUAUUCUAAUGAUGGCCUGGUCCAUAGUAUACCACAGUUGGCUGACGUUCGUCCUCCUGCUGUGGGCCAAUGUGCUGUGGAUGAUCCCCAACCAGCGGAAGGCGAUGAUGCGGUCCAGUCCGUUCAUCGUGCUCUACGCGGAGGUGCUGCUGGUGGCCCAGUACAUAUACGGCAUGGACCUGAACAACAACGAGCUUCCCACGAAGGUCACCACGGCGGGCAUCAAUCUGCAGCAGAUUGGGUUCGAGCGGCCCAUCGAGAACCACAUGCGUCCAUGUGUGCCGCUGAUCGUGAAGACAGCCUUCGUCCUGAUGUUCUGGGUGACGUCGCGGCAGUUCUUCAAGGAGAAGCGCGACCGCCGAAGGGACACCAUGGCGGACAUCAUUGCUCCGCUGCAGAUCACCGUGGGCUCGGCGGGGUCCAGCUACCUCAUCAACGACGGCAAGAAGACCUCAAAGUUCCUAAAGAAGGCCGGCGAUGUGAUCAAAAACCUGCUGGUGCGCCUGUGGAUCUGGCUGCUGGUGUUGGUGAUCUUCCUGUGCGCGAUAACCGGAGAGAAUAUGACGGGCUUCCGCAUCUGCUACAUGGCCCUGUUCCUGUUCUUCUUGCUAGUCUUUCAGUCCUCGUCCAAGGCCUGGGUGAAGAUCAUGUACGGCUUCUGGCUGUUCCUUAUUUUCUACGCCAUGUCCAUACUGAUUCUGAUCUACACAUAUCAAUUCGACAAGUUCGAUACAUACUGGAACGACUAUCUUAAUGUGUCCAAGACGCUACAAAACGACAUUGGCCUGAAGCGCUACCAAACGAAGGAUCUUUUCCUGCACCUUGUCUCGCCCACGAUCAUUGUGAUCCUGACUGUGAUCCAAGUGCAUUACUUCCACAAGCGCUUCAUUGCCUCGCUGCAACAGCAGCCAGCAGCUGCUGGUGCUGCCGGAGCUGGCGGCUCUGCACAGCAGAAACCCACCGAGACAACGGCCCUGGAAGCGGCGCCCUCAAAGCGUCGUGGCAGUGCCGGCUCCCUGCGGCGCUCCCAGGGUCCCUCAGGCGAGGCGGCGCCCGGCGGCGCCACCACUGACUUUGAGACCUCUGUGCGGGAUCUGGUGCGGAUUUCCUUCCGCAAGAUCAAGAACAAGUCAGAGUACAUCUUCAAGAACUUCAAGGACGUCUUCUGGCGCUUCCUGGAGCUGCACAUCAUGAAGGCCGUCUACAUCACCGCCUUUGUGUGCAGCGUGAGCGAGGUCUGCGUCCUGCACAUUGUCUUUGUGGGCUUCUGUGUGCUGGGUGCCACCUCACGGAAGGCCAUCCAAGUGAUAAUCAGCCGCGUGAUAUCGUUUAUUGUCACCAUUAUCGUCCUGUCUAAGAUGAUCUAUCAGAUUGAGUACCUGAGCCACACCCAAUACACCGUCUUCUGCUCCGACAACCGCACGGCCAACAACGCCGAGUGGGUGGGCCUCACGAAGGCUGAGAAGAUGGAGGGUGGUUUGAUGAGUCUGCUGCGCACGUACAUCAUCUACAUGGUCACUGUGACCAUGCACGCCGUGAUCACGUUGCGCCAGCUGCAGAUGAGAGUGAAGAUUGGAGCCGUGAAUGCCCCGCCCACCAAGCUGCUGUUCCCCAAUAUCAUCCGCGCCGAUGCUGAGAAGGAUCUAGUGGGUUUGGUCAAGUACCUCCUGAACUAUGCCUUCUACAAGUUUGGCAUCGAGAUUUCGCUGAUUGCCCUGGUCUCCACCAUCACGUACCGCCAGGACAUUGUGGCCGUGGUCUAUGCGCUCUGGCUGGUCGUCCUCUUGCUACUAAGGCGGUCGCAGUGCGCCAAGAUCUGGGGAGUUUUCCAGGCCUUCUUUGCCAUCUCGAUAUUGACGCAAUAUAUCGUCUUAGUGGGACUGCCGCCAAGCUCAUGUCUGGUUUAUCCCUGGGACGAGGGCGCCUUUGGGGAGAGCAUCCAGCGCUGGACGAUGCUGCCCGGGGCCCUGCACUUCAACCAUGUGCCUAAGCUGAUCUUCGACUUCAUCGUCCUGGUCAUCCUGAACCGUCAGAAGAGCAUCUUCUGCAUCGAGCAGCGCUAUGCCAGCAACGACGACUAUCCCGGAGGCAGCAAUCGCAGCGUCAUCUCGGACAUUGCCCAGCUGGGGAGGACGCCCUUCGACAAUCCCACCCACGACUUCUGCUCGUACAUUCGCAACUACUCGGACAUCCUGAAGAACGGGGUGCUGUGCGGCUUCUACUGGUUCACCCUGGCCGUGGUGUUCUUGGCCGGGACCAACAUUGCUGAUCUGCUGGCCCUGGGCUACCUCAUUGGGGCGUUCGUCUUCCUCUGGCAGGGCUCCGACUUCUAUCUGCGGCCGAUCAACACCAUCAUCAGUCGCUGGAAGUGGCUGCUGGCCUUCAACGUGGCCAACAUCCUCAUCAAGACGAGCUUCCAAAUGGCCGGCUGCUUGUUCAUGACGCCCCUGACCACCCACUGCUGCUGGCUGGUGCACAUGCUAGGCAUCACCUGCACGAGCAACGUGCUCAAGGAGCAACUGAUGCUGACCGAAGAGACGGACCUUAUAUUGGCGCCCGGUGAAUGCCCCAAGAUCACGCAUCAGGUGGUCCUGCUGUGGGACACGAUCUGCUUUGCUUUCAUCAUCUUCCAGCUGCGCAUCUUUAAGUCUCACUACUUCUGCCACAUCAUCACGGACACGAAGGCCAACAAUAUUCUGGCCUCCAGAGGAGCUGAUAUCAUUGAGGGAUUGCGCCAGAACCAGAUUGCCCAUCGCCACGGCCAUGAGAAGCAGGUCCUGCUCAAGAUCAAGCGGAAGAUGGAGCGGAUUCGGGCCACGCAGCAGAAGAUGCUGCGACCCCUGGACAAGCAGACACAUUUUGAUGGGCAACGCACGCCCUCGGAUCAGACAAUGUCGGAGGUGGCGCCCCUGGCCCACAACAGCAGCUUCACCUCCUGCCAGGGGUCCGGGUAUCUGACACCUGACGAGCAGAGCUCCUCGAGCUCAGCCACCUCAUCGCCGGCCCGGGCCUCGCUCCUGUCCAGCUGCGAGAGCAGCGACGAGAGCGCGGACAGUGCCGAUGCUUGUGUGGUCAUUGAGCCGGAGAUCAAUGUGAUGCCCUGCGAGGAGCUUACGGAGUACGCGGACGUGCAGUCGGCCAGCGAGGAGGAGGCCACUGUGGCAGCGGCCCUGCCACGACUGGAACCCAUCGCCCCGACGACAGCUGUAAGUUUUGGGGAUGUCCACACCCAGGUGACUCCCACUAAACGCAUCCAUUCUUCGAAGCCCACGACGCCCAGCACAGACGCUCUAUCUGCCCUGCUCACCGAAGGGUUCUUAGAGCCGAAAAGGAUCUCCCUGGGUCUGGCCUCCUCUGAUAUCAGUGCUUCGGGUACCACGCAUAGCCUUGCGCCUCCCAUGGUCGCCUAUGCCAACGCCAUGGCCAACAGUGGGACCAGCUCAGUGCUGUCCUCGAAUCUGACCCCGAAUCUGCGGAGGGAACACCGUCGGCAGUCCUCGACAAAUGCAGCUGUCUCCUGGAACGAGACCGUGUCCAUCAAGCGAUCCCCGCUGAGCAAAGAAAUGUCGGCAGAGCGGGAUGAGGAGGUGACCAUGCGCCAGAAGUCGCUGCACCGUCGCCACCAGAGCAUGGGCAACGCCAGCUACUCCUUGGACGAGGACGCCCAAUCCUCCCAGCGCAUGCGCCACUCCAGCAACCAGUCUGGGGCCAGGGACGAGGCUGCCCUGCGCUCCACCCAGCGGCCGCACAGCUGGGGACCCGUGGGUACGGUCUACUAUAUGGAGUCGCUGAUGUGCGCCUUCUAUGAGCCCGCACUGCUGCAUGGACCAUCUACCCGGGCUGGCGACUACUACAUGUUCGAGGAGAUGGAUGACAAGUUCGAGCUGGACCUGAUACACGACGAGAUUGACUUUCUGGAGGAGGAGAACAUGACCGAGAGCGAGAUGAAGAUGCAGCGCCGCAAGACCCUCUAUGAUAAAUCCAAGGAUGCUCCCGGUGCCGACUUUCCCUCCACCAGCAAGGGCAUAUCGAAGGAGCGGGAUGAAGCAGGCACGGAAGUUCCAGCGGCUCCCACCCGCGAUGUGGCUGAUCUACCAGUGAUUCCACCGCCCCCGACCAGCUUGGGACGUGAGGCCACCUACAAGGAGACUUCGGAAAGCAAAUCUAAGAUGGAAGUCGACAGCGGCGAGGUAACGGCCAAGGACUCAGAUGAGGACUUCGACACGAAUCCCAUCAUCAGGCUGCUCGAGGGCUUCUUGGUCACCCUGACCAUAAGACUGAACCGCUUCUCGCGCAACUACCGCUACGUCAAUCGCAUCUUGGCUGGCGAGAAGAAGACUCUGAAGGAAUCGAGCUCCCUGAAUCGUCUGGGCCUGUCGAGUGCUGCUGCCAUGUUCCACUUCCUCAAGUCCAACCUCGAGAGCAAUGAGAGUGGUGGCGAGCAGCCCGCCUCAUCGUCCACGCCGCGGCGGCUCCUGGCCCCGGCAAUCGUUACUCCACCAACUGCAACAGAACACACAACCACAAGCACCCCACUAAACACGAAUACAACAACCACACCGCUAUCACCACAAGAUCCACCGACACCACCAACAACCAGUACACCAGUACAACAGAAUCAGCCACAGAAUCAGCCUCAGCACAGUCGACUCAGUGCUGUGGACGACAUCAUCGAACUGCCCGUAGAUACCGUUGAUGCAGCCAUUUCUAGAAAACAAUCGAUCAAUUCAUCGCCGCCAGCCAAGGGCACGAUGCUCAGUCGCAAAUCGGACUGUGGCCUGCCCGAGAUCCGCAUUAAAGCGCCUUCCAUCGAGCGCGGCGCACACUAUUAUAAUCACCAUAGUGCCGGCGGUGGCGGUGGCGGUGGCUCGGGAUCGCUGAGCAAGCACUGGUCCUACGAGCAGGUGGACAGCGCCGGAGACUUCAACUUGGAGGAGGAGAACUUUGCCCAGCGGGAUCAUCACAUUAUAGUGGAGGUGCUGAUCUCCUCGUGGUAUGCCUUGCUUGCCAACACAGAUCUGAUUUGCUACAUAGUAGUGUUCAUCAAUCAGGUCGUCAAUGCCAGUCUCAUCUCGUUGCCGCUGCCCAUAAUGGUCUUUCUCUGGGGCACCCUGUCACUGCCGCGUCCAACGAAAACCUUCUGGGUCACCCUAAUUGCCUACACCCAGGCCAUCGUUCUGAUCAAGUGUAUCUUCCAGUUCAAGCUUAUCUGGGCGAACUAUCACAACCUGCCCAACCAGCCCUUGACGGCCGCCAAGAUCUUUGGUGUGGAGAUGAAGACCCACUAUGCAGUAUACGACUUGAUGCUGUUGCUAGUGCUCUUCUUGCACCGCUAUCUGCUCAAGUCGCAAGGUCUGUGGAAGUCAGGCUACAAGGACACAGAUCAGCAGUUUGCCAAACCCACCGCCAGCAUCGAUGACCGAGAUGACAGCGACAACCUAUCUCAACCCGACUCUCGCCAGCUAAACGAUGAUGCGGCCCAGAAGUUGAGCCUGCAAGUGAGCCAGGCAUCGUUGCCGGGCUCCCCGGAGUACAGCAAGUCGGGCAUCAAUCAGCUAGAACGAACCAAGUACACCUCCUCGCUGCACAAGUUCUUCUUUAGUCUGGUGCAUAAAUCCCGACUGGCCACAGACGUGUAUGCCCUGAUGUUCCUGUGCGAUUUUAUAAACUUUUUUGUGCUGCUCUUUGGCUUCACAGCAUUUGGAACCCAGCAAACAGAAAGCGAUGAAGGCGUGCAAACAUAUCUGGCGGAGAAUAAAGUGCCCAUACCUUUCCUAAUCAUGCUGCUGGUCCAGUUCUUGCUCAUUGUCAUCGAUCGGGCGCUGUAUCUGCGCAAGGCCCUGGUGAACAAGAUAAUUUUCCAUUUCUUCUCGGUGAUCGGCAUACAUAUCUGGAUGUUCUUCGUGGUGCCGGCGGUGACGGAGCGUACCUUCAACUCGCUGGCGCCACCGAUCAUCUUCUAUGUGAUCAAGUGCUUUUACAUGCUGCUGAGCUCCUAUCAAAUCAAGUCGGGCUAUCCCAAGCGCAUUCUCGGCAACUUUUUCACCAAGGGCUUCUCGAUGGUCAACAUGAUCGCAUUUAAGGUAUACAUGCAGAUCCCGUUCCUGUACGAGCUGCGCACCAUCCUCGACUGGGUCUGCAUCGACAGCACCAUGACCAUCUUCGACUGGCUCAAGAUGGAGGAUAUCUUCUCUAACAUAUAUCUCAUACGAUGCACCAGGCAGUCGGAAACCGACUUCCCAGCCAUGCGCGCCCAGAAAAAGGCUUCCAUCUCGAAGCUGAUUAUGGGCGGCACUAUUGUCCUGCUGAUUGUCAUAUGCAUCUGGGGUCCGUUAUGUCUGUUUGCCUUAGGCAAUGCUGUGGGCACCUCCAAUGUGCCCUUCCAGGUGUCGCUCUCCAUCCGAAUUGGACCCUACGACCCCAUUUAUACCACCAACAACUACGAUAGCAUUUUCGAAAUUGAUCCCACGAUGUACUCGCAAAUGACUAAUGCUUAUAUCAAGGAUAAACAGGCUCUGACCUUUAUCACUGGCUACGAUGCCACGGAUGUAGCGGCGGUCAAGCUGGCUGGGAACUCGCCCUCCCUGUGGAAUAUAGCACCGCCAGAUAGGCAGCGUUUGCUGAAUGAUUUGAGAAAUAAUCAUACGUUAAAGGCCCGCUUCUCCUACACCCUUACACGGAAGGCUCCGGCCAAGGGUCUGAAAGAAAUUGUGGGCGAUGAGCAUGCCAUCUCCCUCGACGAGACAUUUGAAGGACGUGCAGCUCUCAUCAAUAUGCUUAACGAAACCCACGACUUAGAGCCAACGGGUAAUGACACCAGUACCAAUGGAACCUCUAGCUUUGAAGAAGUAGUAGUGCUGCCUGCCAUGAUACCAAAAUUCAUCAAGGUGCUCAACUCGGGCGAUGCCGCUGUGGUCACUGUGCUGAGUCCCAAGAACGAGGAAUACCGUCCUCUGGUCAUCAAAAUGCAUCGAGACAAGGAGACAAACGGUCUGUGGUGGGAAAUACGAGACUUCUGCAAUGACACCUUCUACAAUACCACUCUGAAGGAGUUUGCCUACAGCAACUGCACUUCCGGUAUUGUGAUGUAUACCUUCAACGACAAGAAGUUCCCAUCGACAUUCAGCUUCCUCACAGCUGGCGGCAUAAUUGGGCUGUACACCACAUUCGUGUUAUUGGCCUCGCGCUUCAUGAAGUCCUUCAUUGGGGGACAAAAUCGAAAGAUUAUGUUCGAGGAUCUACCCUAUGUAGAUAGGGUAUUGCAGCUGUGUCUGGAUAUAUACCUGGUACGCGAGGCCUUGGAAUUCGCCUUGGAGGAAGAUCUGUUUGCCAAAUUACUCUUCCUGUACCGUUCGCCCGAGACGCUCAUCAAGUGGACCCGUCCCAAGGAGGAGUACGUGGACGAUGAUGCCGACACCGACUCAAUGAGCGUGCGGCGUUCAGAGCAGCUGCAGCAGCACCAACAACACCAGCAGCAACAAUAACAUAGGCCCAACCCAAGCGCUUAAGUAAUCUAGAACUGGUCUACGUAUAUAGUACGUAUGGGGUUACCGUAGGUUUCAUAGUCUUUUUUUAAACAUUUUUUGUAUGAAAACGUUUGUAAAAGUAAGAAUAUAGUUAGAACUAGACAUAGAGCUAGGUACAGACGAACACAAAUCAAAACACAAAGUACACAUCACCCAUUUAUACGGCCUACAGAUAGUUCGAUUUAUUGUCACAAGUACUGCCCAUGUGUAAAACUGAAAAGUUCUAAGGUGUACACCAACUAUUUUUAACAUACAUAGAAAAUGUAUGUACAUAUUGUAUGUAUGUGUUACGAAUACCGACCAUAUACGCUAGUGUCUAUAGUUGUAAGUAAGCGAAAAGUGUUGCUGUUUGAUAGUUAAACAAAUGAAAAUACUAGUGAAUUAUAAUUGUCUAAAGAGAGAAAAUAAUUUAUUUAAGUUAAUACUAAAUUAUGUGUACAUCAAUGAAGAAGAAGAAAGAUAAACUAAUAAUAAUCAUGAAAACUCAUAUUCAGGGAAUUUUAGCAUUUUACAGAAACCGUAUGUGUAAAGAAUUAACCAAAACUGAAGCAUCCAACAAUGAAUGUUUUAUAUAUUGAUACGAAACAAUAAUAACUUGUAAUUACCAAUAUCGCUUCGAAUCGCUACGUUGCCUCUGUGUGACCUUUACAAAAUGGAUUAAAGAUAUUAUGUAUAUGUUGAACUGUUUGUUAAAGAUUGUAAAUUGUAUAGUAUGAAUCUGUUGCAAAUACUAUAUAGAGCGUUGACUUUAGUUAUAGGCAUAUCACAUCACAUAUAUAUUUUUAUAUUGAACGCAAAUAUCGUUUGCUUCAGCGACCAUUUACUAGGCAAAUUCAUAUCAAAUUCGUAUAUGCUAGCGCGCGUAGGCUUUGAAUCGAAAUUUAUCAACCACAUAUGUAUGUAUGUGUAUAUCUCUAGCAGGCAAUCUCUUAUACAUACAUAAUUGUAACUAUACAACACGCCAACUAAAUCUGUAUGUGCUAUUUUAUAUAUACUAAAUCGAAUUCGAAUUGUGAAUCUUAAAAUCUAAUUAGAGACGUAAACCGAAAAAACCAAUUAAUUUUUGUACCAAGAAUUGAACGACAUAAAUCGUAUAUGUGUAGUAUAUAAAGUGUACCUAUUUUUUUAGUGUUUAAUUUUUCAUUAUAAACUUAACGAAUACAAGAAAUACUUACGAACUAAAAAAAAA